CUCUUCCUACUUCGUUUGGAGUGAGAGAACAGUGAUUUCUUCAAACGCAUUUGCUUUGAUUUUUUCGAUUUCAUCUUCUUCUCGGAAUCACAUGGAGAAGCUUAAAGAUUUUGAGAAGCGACUUAGAGAGUCUACAGAAAAGUCUCAGAAUCUUAAAGAUUAUUUAGGGAUUAUCGAGUUCUCCAAGACGAGCAUCGAGACCAAGGAGCUUGGAGCGGAUCUGAUUCCUCGGUACUUCCAGUUCUACACCAGUCACUCAAACCAAGCUUUUGAUGCGUACAAAGAUAUAAUCGAGGCAGUGGAUGUGAAUCUUACGGUACGAGUUCAAGCCAUCCGCAAGCUUCCACUGUUCUGCAAAGAUGCACCUGAGCUUGUAUCUAAGAUAAUUGAUGUCCUAGUACAGUGUCUAGCCAUUGAUCAACAGGAGCAGCAUGAAGCUGUGCAUGAGACUUUUAUGUCAUUAUUUCAGCAGGACACAUUAUCCGAUUUGAUCAAUAAGCUUCCAGAGCCGAGGAAGCUUGAUUUGCUUGAAGCUCUUGCUGAGAUCUCACCACACACAACAACUCUGAUAGCAUCCGAGAUGCUUCCCCCAAUAUUUGAGCUCUUAAAGAAAUACAUGCCUGCCAGGAACACUGUGGAAAAAUCAGACUCCAGAUAUGUUGAGUGCUUAUUAUACGUGUUUCAUCAUAUGGCGCACAAGGUUCCUGAAGCAACAAAUAGCUUGUGCGGGUACAAAGUUGUGCCCACACAACCAUCAGAUAGAAUCGGGGAUGACUUUUCGAAGUUAUACAAGGAAUCCACUGAGAGAUUGAUCAAUCUUGAGGAUCUAAUCAAAGCAUCAGUGGAGCAACUGGUACAAGAAAUGAGUGACCACGACAAAGCCUAUUUGCUUUUUGAUUCUAUGAGCGGUGAUGAUAAGGCGAUAUUGUAUAUGAAGAGGCAAGAUACAAAAACUGAACUAAGAACAUGCAUAAACAUACUCGCAAUGACAGAGGUUUUGCAUGCAGAAGUGCCUUCCUUUAUCGGGGACACCAAUGUUGUUAAGCUUUCUUGGAAAGAAGCCACAAAGCCAUUAGCCUAUACAAGAGCUUUAUAUACAGACCUAAUGUAUGGCAUACCCCCGGAUAUUGAUGCGUUUCAUAAUUUUAUGGACAAACUCUCAGAAGACUUGCUGAAUAAACUAGAUAUGGAGGGAAUGUGCGAAUUAGAAGAUGAUCAGGUUCAAGCACUUGUGGGUUCAUCAGGACUUAAACAAGCACAAGACACGUUACCAGAAAGUAGGAUUUUCUUACAUGAAAAUCCAAAAGUACCUUGUCUCUUUUGGAGGAUACGAGAAUCGACAUUAUUAAAAUUGGUGACGUCCAAGUCAUGGAAGAAAUUCCUAGGUUUUAUUAGAGACCAACUCUUUCACCUCAUUUGUUGGGCUUAUGCAGCCUCUGACUUAGUCAGUGCUACUAGAAUUAUGCGCAACUGGGAGGUAGAGUAUAUUCCUCUGUGUCCAUGGUAUCUUUGCUCCUUUUGUCGACCAGAGUAUCUUGGAGAAGAUGAAAAUCCUGAGAAAGAAGAUGAUGAAAAUCCUGAGAAAGGGCAUUACUGUUAUGGAAAUGAUAUAGAGGAUUGCCUACUAUACAUCAAACAGCAUGGCAUUCCUAGAGAGAUCUGCAAGAAGUUUGACUGUAAGGACUGGCAGCCUCCAAAUGCUGACGACCCACAUAUGCACACGACAAAAUUAAAGAGUGUUCGAAAAAUUGAAUCAAUGGAGGAGGCGUUGCUAUUGCUUCCACAUUUUCCCAUAGGAGCGGACUUAGUUGUUUUUAAGGAAUUGUGGACCGUAGGAGAGGAGAUUUAUUAUGGUCCCGGAACAAAUUCCAGAGGUUUCCGCUCAUAUCAUGCAGUGAUAGUAUCCAGUAUUGAGAUCUAUAAAGGAGAAGUGGUGGCCAUCUGUAAGAUGAGCAAUGGUACUAAAGUUUGUGACGAAGGAUAUGUUAGGGUUUCUCUAGCGACAACAUACAUGGUUGUGGGUGCCAGUCCUAAAAAAAAAGAACAUGUUCGGGCUACUUCUAAGCCGAUGCAUCUUCUCUCUGAAUUCAUCAUCAUAGAUAUAGAUGAGAAUGAGAAAGAGAAAGAAAGAGAGAGAGAGAAAGAAACUGAAAGCGAAGAGGAGAAUCCAGAAGAUAACCAGAAAGGGAAUCCAGAACAUAACCCGAAAGAGAAGUCCGAAGAGAUGCAAUAUCCUGACUUUGGUGCUAGCAAGUUUCAUAACUCCUUGAACGAGCACAUCAUGCCUGAUUCUGACAAGAGCUUGGGCAAUGUAAGUGGAGAAGAAAUCAAGAUGGUUACGGAAGGUUUGACAAGUUUGAGUAAAUUUGGAGAGAAAGGUCCUCAAGAAAGAAUGCACGAACCUGUAGAAAUUGUUGAAAGAGGAAAACGGCCUGCAAAUGAAGCCGGUAAUGAUGUGGGUACAAAGAAGGCCCGUACAGAGUCAUCAGGUUGUGCACAUGGGAUUUGAGGGAAUCACUUUCAUGGCCUAUUUUAGUAAAACAAGAGUAUUUCUUUUGUCUAUUAGCCAGGUACAAGUUUUUGUUGGCUUUUUAAGGCUCCUUAACAUGUCACGGGACGAAAAAGAGAGAAACAAAACAACAAUACCAAGACAUUGAUAUGCAAAUGGGCCUCAUAAGUAGACCCAUUAAGAAUAUAAUGCAUAAUGAAGCCCAAAUUACGCCGUUUCUCCGUUCCCUUUGUCUUCUGAGCGACCUUGCA